AUGCCGGCCGAUACGGCUUUGGCUGUAGCGCCGCCGCAAUUGCCGACAAAACGGAAGGCUGAAGACACCCACCAGCGUCGUGUCUGUCCUUCUGCCCCCGAGCGGGUGCCGGCUUCUUCUCCCGACGUGGAGAUGCCCGUUGCUGCUCCUUUGUCGGUAGCUUCCGGUGGCACAGAUUCUGGGACCGCGCCCGCCCCCACUCCCGUGUACCCCACUGAGUGGGCGGCGGAUGUGGAAGGCGGUAGUCGAGGAUCACCGGCCGCCGAGCCGUCCCCGCCCGACAUCCUACCGCGCCGCGCCCGCGCCCGCCGCCUGCCGGCUCCCGCGCCGCGCCUGCCGUAG